CAAAUGCAGGAGCCGUUCGGUCGCGCGCGCGUCUAUCUCACCAUACUGUUGUUGUCGGAAAUCUUGCUCGGCUUGGCCAUUAUAAUCGUAACGGCCAUUUAUCAACGCAUACUGGGCGCUUACAUGGCAGAUGUCGAGCGAAAAAUGCUGGGCGGUCAAUUCUUCAACACCUACAUACUCGGUUUUCAACUAAUGGUUGUGUAUGCCUGCAGCAUUGCCAUGUGGUCCUCGCUGUGGUCGCGUCGCUGUUCACCCAACGUCAAUUUGCUACUCAAUCUGUGGAUGUUCUUUUGUUUUGUGGUCGUCUUCUGCGGGUUCGGCACCAUUUGGUCAUUGAUCACGUGCGCCGAUGCGUUGGAGAACACAGCGGAAAUGUCGCUACUUAAGGGUAUCGAUCUCUACUACACAUGCCCAGAGUGGAAGCUGCUUUGGGACGGUUUACAGUAUCAUAAGGAAUGUUGUGGCGUGCACAGUUACAAGGAUUGGAUGAAGGCCUCCUGGAUGCCAGCAGAGGCAACGGAGUGUCAGUCGGCGAGCAGUGAAACCGCUUUGGCGCCGUACGCUUGUUGCAAGCACACGUGCGCCACCUGCUUCGAGAAUUAUAUACCGCGCACCGACAACAGUCGCAUACCCUACCUGACGCUGUCGCAGAUCAACACCGAGGGCUGUUUGCCGCUGUUCACCAACAAAAUGUGGGAGAUCCUCUAUGUGCUGAUUGCGCUGGUGCUGAUUGCCUUCAAAUUGGACCUCCUCAUCUGCUGUUUGGCGAAGUAUAUCAUACGCAAGCAAGCCGAAAUUGACUGUUGCACUUGCGACAAUGAUGCUUGCGAUGAUGACGACGGGCGUCCGAUGGUGGUUGUGAAAUGUCCUACCACACGCUGUGUCAAGUUCGACGGCGAUGAGGGCGGAAAUCCGCAGGUGGCGUGUAAGGUGGGCAGAUCACAUGGCGGCAUGAGCGAGCCUUGCACGUGCUGCAGCGGCGACAAUAUGUUGCGUGGCUAUACCGUUAAGCAGGAAGUGCUGCACAUGUCAACACCGUCACCAACGCAACGCGCCACACGCUUCUGCAACUGCAGCGCUGGCGGUGGUGUUGGUGGCGCUGGUGGCGCCAAUGAAUCUCGUAUAUUGCAUUAAAUAAGUUUAAGUGGCAUUUACACCGAGUGCGAAUUGUUGCC